UAUCAUCAAGGUUUGUAUCUUGAUACGCGCUGUUCGACAAUACUAUGAAUAAUUUUAAAAAAUUGAAAUUACUUAAUAUUUAUUUGUUUUCACCUUAGGGAAUCAUAAAUCUUGGCACAGCUGAAAAUAAACUGAUGUUUGAUGUUCUUUCUAAGAAGUUUAGUGAGCCUGAAUUAAAUGUGUGGAAAGAAGAAAUGUUGAUGUAUAGUGACUAUGCUUCCAUCUAUGAGUUGCGGGAAUCAGUUGCUGAAUUUCUGACAGCUAAAAGCAAUGCAGUAACCCCUCUUGAUCCUAAUAAGAUGGUGGUUAUGAAUGGAUGUGGUUCGGUUAUAGAAACAAUUGCAUUUGCCAUCUGUGAUGCAGGAGAUGCAUUUAUGACACCAAGUCCCUACUAUGGGGGCAUAAUGCAAGACUCAAUUCUCAGAGCUAAAGUCAACAUCCAUCCAGUCCAUCUCCACUCAGAGAUAAAAGAAAAUGAAACAAAACCAUAUCAACUAACAGUUGAAAAACUUGAGAAAAGUUUAGAAGAAGCAAAAGCAAAGGGGAUAAAUAUCUGUGGACUGUUCAUCGUGAAUCCUCAUAAUCCGCUAGGUGAAAUAUAUUCAACCGAGUUGAUCAAAGAUUGUCUCCAGUUUUGUCAUAAGCAUUCUAUCCAUAUAAUAUUUGAUGAAAUAUACCUGACGAGUGUGUUUAAAGAAGGUGUCCAGCCUACUAGCAUCCUUCAAUUCAAACCAGAAGAUAUUCCAGACCCUGAGAGAACCCAUCUGAUAUGGGGCUUUAGUAAGGACUUUGCCAUGUCUGGAAUGCGUGCGGGUAUGUAUUAUGGGUUUUCCGAUGUCGUUCGUCAGCAGGUUAUGAAUCAGUGUCGCUUCACAAAGAUUCCUGGAUUUAUUCAGACGAUGUUGUCCAAAAUGCUGAAAGACAAAGAUUGGUUAGAUGAUGUCUACUAUGCCAAUAACAGGAAGAGAUUACGAGAAAGUUACGAAUUGGUGACCAGAGAGCUAACGUCCAUAGGAGUGCCCUACCUAGAAGCAUCAUCCAGUCUUUACCUCUAUGCUGAUUUCAGAAAAUUCCUGAAUGAGCCUACAUUUGCUAUGGAGAAGGAAAUGUGGUAUAAAUUCCUUGAUGCUGGAGUCUACAUUUCUCCGAGUCAAGCAUUUUACAGUGAUGACCCUGGCUGGUUCCGAAUUGUAUUUUCAGUUACCAAAGACAUACUUGAGAUUGGCAUGGAAAGAAUCAAACAAGUUUGCAAAGACAACCAUCCUUGAAUAAAAUACUGUUUUCAUCUUUUUUAAUCCGGUUUAAAAAAUUUAUACAAGUAUUUUAUAUAACUGCUAGUUAUUUUAUUAAAUCUAAUUCGUUAUUAUGGUUGUUUAUACAGCAAACCUGAUGUUAUGUACUUAAUAUUUUAUUAAUAUUUCAACAUUCUUUGAUACCUCUUGAGAAUUGAAAUUAAAGAUAAACAAUUGGGCUAAUAAAUUUUAAAUAUCCUGUACAAUACUUGAAAAUGAUUAAAACAACUCAAUCAAUAUAUUGAAAUAUUCUUAACAAAACAACAGUUCUUUUCAGAACUAUCUAUGUGGUUUACUGCAGUCAUUUAACACAUUGCAAUUAUAACUUGUUACAUUCUUUGUAAAGCAAGCAAUUGAAAAUCAGAAAACGCAAUUAUUUGAGGUUUUUUCUUUUCCAAUUGACAGGCCUUCUUUAUUUGUUGAAUUUUGGCUGAUGAUCAUUUUAAGAAAUUUUGUAGUGAAGUUUUUUCGUAUUUAUUCAAAUUUGAAGUAAACGCCUCCCUCGAAUAACUGCUCCGGGGUGUUUAUUUUUUCCUUGUAUAAAUGCCAAAUGACUUUAAACAAAACUAAUGGAAGCAAAACCAUUCUCAAAAGAUUGUAAUAAUGUCUACUCCAGUAGAAUUAAAUUUUUUCUAACUGGGUGUGGAUUAAUAAAUCUUUAUGAUUACUCAAUAUCUCAUUUUGACAGUAAUUAUGUUUUGUAAUUCCACAUUUAGAGUGAAAUAUUAUAAAUUAUAUAUACUAAUAAAAGCAAUACAAGUUUAUACCUCGUCAUGUGUGCAACCAAAAUCGAAAAUCUGAAGUAUAUUUUUGAAUUUUUGUGCCAAAGAUUGAUAAUGAUGUUUCAAAAUGCUACUUUUAAAAUUUUAAGUAAUAAAUUUUAUACAUUAAACCUGAAUUUUAACCCCGUAACCAUUUCAUCAAGGUGGAUGGGGCGGGUGAUGGUUGGCAGUUCCUGGAAGUGAGCGAGCUACUGACCUUGUUUCCCAAAAAACACUUGUCCUUGGGACAACACAAACGUGUUUGUUUGGUUCUGUUCUACCUUGUUAUUACUAAGUCAGCAUAGUACAGUACUUCAAUGACAAUAUUUAUAAUGAAUUGUAUUCAUUUGCAAAUGAAAAAUUUGUAUGCAUAUUCACUACAAUGUUUGCUCAUUUGAUCUAAUAAAUAUACCAGUCAACAUUGCAAA